AUGGCGAGAGCUCGUGGCCCGACAGAAAAAAGGCGUGAACGUUUUCGUCCAUAUCGUCCCGAUACUGAACGCAGCCAAAGAGAUGAUUUUGCUGCUCGGGGAUUCGGAAGACGAGAACCUCCUAGUACUCGUCCGAUGAUCCUCGAGGAGGGAUGGGCUGAGCGUAUUCAGGCCUUAUUUCAUAGUAUUGGGCAAGAGUGCCCGGCUAAUCUUACUAGGGAGGAUCUUAUGAAGGCUUUUCGUACUAGGCCGACUCCAAGCUAUUAUGCUGAGAAAUACGGACACGCAAGUUCCAAGACACAAGUUCCAAUCAAGUUGAAAGACAAACAACUUCCAACCAAGUUCAAAGCCACCACCACCACAGAUGAUGCGAUGAAGCACAAAGCCACCACCUCCACAGAUGAUGCGAUGAAGCACAAAGCCACCACCUCCACAGAUGAUGCGACUCCGUCCGACUAA